AUGACGAUCGCGACUACCCUAACAACCAUGUCGCUCUUAGGAAAGGCAACUGCCACUUCCACCCCGCCAGUCUACGACGAUGCCAAUCAUGACCCUGUUACCUCUGUUCUGCCUAACGGAGAUAUCCCUCAUUUCGAUGAUUCCAUGGACGCUGAUGAGCGUGUUAUAACAGCCUUAGGGUACAAGCAGGAGUUUAAGCGCGAGUUCUCACUAUGGACUACCUUCUGUGUCAGCUUUGCUGUUCUCGGCCUCCUUCCAUCAUUCGCAAGCACAAUCUAUUACGGAAUGGGAUACGCGGGGACUGCUGGUAUGGUCUGGGGUUGGAUUAUCGCCAUGAUCUUCAUCCAGUGCGUUGCCAUGGCCAUGGCCGAGCUGUGCUCUGCAAUGCCCACGAGUGGAGGGUUGUACUAUGCCGCUGCCGUGCUUGCGCCCCCAGGAUACGGUCCGUAUGCGGCGUGGAUUACUGGAUGGUCCAACUGGAUUGGUCAGAUCACUGCAGCUCCGUCAGUCGACUAUGCCCUUGCCGCCAUGAUUCUCGCUGCUGGAUCCAUCCAGAAUCCGGGCUAUGUCCCCACGCAAUGGCAAACCUUUCUACUGACCACGCUCAUCAUGAUCCUUCACGCUGGCAUUAGCAGCAUGCCGACCAAAUGGGUCGCCCAUUUCAACUCGUGGGGAUCGACCUUCAACAUGUUUGCACUAGUUGCAGUCAUAAUUGCUAUCCCUGCUGGCACUACAAACUCGCCCAAGUUCACGCCGUCCACAGAAGUAUGGGGAACAAUUACCAACAUGACUGACUACCCUGAUGGAGUUGCUGUACUCAUGACCUUUGUGGGUGUUAUCUGGACCAUGUCUGGGUAUGACUCUCCUUUCCACCUCAGCGAGGAAUGCUCCAACGCAAACAUUGCCUCACCGCGUGCGAUUGUCAUGACAUCCGGAGUUGGAGGUCUCAUGGGCUGGUUCCUGCAGCUUGUCGUCGCCUACACUGUAGUAGAUAUCGAUGCCGUUCUGAACUCGGACCUGGGUCAGCCAUGGGCGUCAUAUCUCUUUCAAGUCAUGUCUCGCAGGGCAGCACUGGCCAUUCUCUCACUGACCAUCAUCUGCGGCUUUUCCAUGGGCCAGGGCUGCAUGGUGGCGGCAUCCCGAGUCACAUAUGCCUACGCCCGCGAUGACUGCUUUCCGCUCUCAAAAUACUGGAAACGCGUUAAUAGUACCACGAAAACGCCAGUAAACGCCGUCAUCCUCAACGCUGUCCUCGGUAUUCUCAUGUGCCUACUAUUGUUUGCCGGUGAUGUUGCCAUUGGUGCCCUUUUCUCCAUCGGUGCUAUUGCUCAGUUCGUUGCAUUCGCUAUUCCAAUCGCUAUCCGCGUGUUCUUCGUCGGCAAUCGCUUCCGCAAGGGGCCAUGGCACCUGGGCCCUUUUGGUCCGUGGAUUGGUGGACUGGGUGUAGCAUUUGUUCUCUUGAUGGUGCCGAUCCUGUGUUUGCCUGCCGAUACAGGCUCGAAUUUGACGCCAGAUUUGAUGAAUUGGACUUGCCUGGUUUGGGGAGGGCCAAUGCUCGCAGUCAGCAUCUGGUGGGUUGUUGAUGCACACAAGUGGUUCAAGGGCCCAAAGGUCAACGUUGAGCAUGCUAUUCACGGGAAUGUCAUUGUCGGCAUCGGCGAGGAGCAGAUUGCGGCUCACCCAGGGGAUGGUUCACCACAUACCUCAAGGAGCUCAUCGCCCAAGCGUUGA